CCUCACAAUGGCUAAAUGGCAUUGAUAUUAGCCAAUGACGUCGAGAGGAGGGAAGGGACACCACGUCGGGUUGGGGGAAGGCUGCGCCUGUCGGGGAAGGCGGCGGAAUGGCGGCGCUUUACGCUUGUACCAAGUGCCACCAGCGGUUCCCCUUCGAGGCGCUCAGCCAGGGGCAGCAGCUCUGAAUGUCGAAUUGCACACCCGAUUGUUAAAUGUACCUACUGUAGAACUGAAUUCCAGCAGGAGAGUAAAACCAAUACAAUAUGCAAGAAGUGCGCUCAGAAUGUGAAACUUUAUGGAACCCCAAAGCCAUGCCAGUACUGCAACAUAAUUGCAGCAUUUAUUGGCAACAAGUGCCAGCGGUGUACGAACUCGGAGAAGAAAUAUGGGCCGCCCCAUUCAUGUGAACAAUGUAAGCAACAAUGUGCCUUUGACAGGAAGGAUGAUAGGAAAAAAGUAGAUGGGAAGUUACUCUGUUGGCUCUGCACACUCUCCUAUAAGCGAGUGCUACAAAAAACCAAAGAACAGCGUAAACAUUUAAACACCUCCUCUCGGACAAGCUUGCCAGAAAAGGAGCAAUAUGGCCGACUUAACUGUGGCGGCCACUACAGCAGCCAGAAAACCUUAUCUACAUCUUCUAUUCAGAAUGAACUCCCAAAGAAAAAACCCAAGUUUGAUGCCAUAUUAGCCAAUGGGGAUAGUUUUUCUCCAGACCUCGCCUUGGAUUCCCCUGGCACCGAUCAUUUUGUCAUCAUAGCCCAACUGAAGGAAGAAGUAGCUACUUUGAAGAAAAUGCUACACCAGAAGGAUCAGAUGAUCCUGGAGAAAGAAAAGAAGAUAACAGAACUGAAGGCUGACCUGCAAUACCAGGAAUCCCAAAUGAGGGUGAAAAUGAACCAGAUGGAAAAAACUCACAAAGAAGUUACAGAACAUUUGCAGGCCAAGAACCGAGAGCUCCUGAAACAGGCUGCAGCUUUGUCCAAGGGCAAAAAAUCAGAGAAAUCAGGAGCAAUAACUUCCCCUUAAAUCCAGGCAAUCUCUUGCCCUGAGAUGUCUGGGGUUUAAAAACCCCUGGGCUCCAGAACCACACGCAGAUAGUUUACUCUUGUGGACAUGAUAGAAUCCUUUGAGACUGGCUCUUCAACAGAGUUCCCCAGUGCUGGCUUACAACAUCUCCUCCUCCUGUCACAGUACAGUGAUGAGAAUGAUUGGGAGUCUUGGUCCUCCUCUCCUCCAAGCUCAAGAACAAGCCCUCUGUAGCUCAGAUACUUCUCUCCAACCAUUUUUACCAUCCCUGCCUUAGGACCGAUGAAGCAAGGCGGCCUGUUUGCCGAUUGGAUCCUUCACAGGGUCCUGCUUUUUUUACUACACAAGAGACCUAAGGUGGCAAGAAUCAGGUUUUCAAAGAAUUUAUAAAGCAUUUUUUAAAAUGAAAAUUCUGCCUAUUUGGGGGGGUGUCUACCCCUCCAUCCUUAAGGACAGCUUGAGACUUUUUAUCCUAGGUUUGUAAAUUGAGAACGGAGCUUCAAUCAGCAAUUUUCUCUCCAGCUUCUAAAAACUCAAGAGUUUCUCGGCAGAAUAGUUGAAUAUGGAGGCCAGCGGCUAUGAAUUAAUGUUUUGGUCAUGCUUUUAUGCUUCUUUAGGUAGCAUAGUUUUUUAGGCUGGUUCAGCAGCUCCUUUUUGUCAUUGAUUCCGUUUGGAGUGAUAUCAGGAAUCAGAAGUAGGUUAACAUUACUUUUCGGGUACAUGGGGUGACUUAGUAACAAGUGUGUACAUCUAUGCAGUUUUUCUGAAGAAUUAAAAAACAACCAUUUUGACUUCCUUGGCAGGAGGAUAAAAGGAAUUAGGGGAAAUGCUGAAACUAAAGGACAAAGAUUUUUUGAAAUCUUGAUAUUAAAAAAAAAAGACACCCUCAAGUCAGGUUUAUGUGGCUUGGAAGAAAACAAGACAGCUUUAAGUGCCUAUAAAGGUAGAGAUGAAAAGAAUUCAAUGAGUUUUCCAGCUCUGGUCCCUCGCUGAAUUUUCUGGGAAAUGGUAAGUGUUCAAAAGCAAUGAGAAGCUAGUUUGUUUUCAGUUUGCUCCGGGCUGAUUGAAUUGGAGGGGAGGAGAAAGGGGAAUGAAGAAAAUCAUUGCAAAGAAAUGCCUCACGCAGCAGUUUGAGAUGAAUUAAUCACCUUUUUUAUAUAUAAAUCAGAAGAAACCUGUGCUACUGUUUAGUUUCUGAUGCCCAUCUCUUAAAAAAAAAGGAAGACAACCUUGGAUGAGGAAGCAUGCAGAAAUUGACGCUGUAAUUCAGGUUAUUUAUUUUUUGAUCUUGUUUGCUCUUUUUGGUAAGAACCCAUUGCCUAAGAGAGCAUACUAAAUAGAACCUAAUUUUUAUACUUAAUAUAUAUUUUUAGGAAGAAUUGAUUCAUAGAGAUUUAAGUAGGUUGUUUUUCUAGCUAUCUUUCCCCCAUCCCAUCCCCCCAAU